AGCCAGCCAGCGAGCGCUCGAUAUGUUGUGUUGUGUGCUGCUGCUACGUACGACGACCCACUACUUCUUUCCCUCCCCUGCUUUUCCCGUCCUCUGGCUCUCUCCUCUCUCUCUCUCUCCUCCUAGGUUAGCAGCGGCUUUGCCAACGAGAUAGAUAGGCAAAAGAGAGUACUUGCAUAGCCCAACAAGGCAACACCAGCUGCUGCUGCCCCCUUCUCUUUCUUUUCUGCUUCUUGCUCGUCUCGUCUCGCCUCGCGUAGCUCGCUUUCUUUUCUCUCCUUUUCCUUCCUCUCUUUCUAUCUUCUUCUCCAGUGCCGAGACGCAACGAGGGAGGGAGUCGAGAGGCAUCCGACAGACGGGCCAUGUGGGACCUCAAUGACUCGCCGGCAGCCGAGGGGGCGCCGCUGUCGCCCUCCGCCGACGACUCCGGCGCGUCCUCGUCCUCGGCCGCCGCCGUGGUCGAGAUACCCGACGAAGCCGACGACGACUCUGCCGCCGCGGCCGUUGUCACGCGCCAGUUCUUCCCUCCGGCCGUCCCGGGCGGCGACCCCGCCCCCGGGACGAUCGCGCGCGCCGGUUGGCUCCGCCUUGCCGGAGCCGCGCCACCGGCUGCUGCCGCGGGCGGCGGCGGCGCCGCCGCCGCAGCGUCCAAGAAGAGCCGGCGCGGGCCGCGUUCCCGCAGCUCGCAGUACCGCGGCGUCACGUUCUACCGCCGGACGGGGCGGUGGGAGUCGCACAUAUGGGAUUGUGGCAAGCAGGUCUAUUUGGGCGGAUUUGACACCGCUCAUGCGGCGGCUCGGGCCUACGAUCGGGCGGCGAUCAAGUUCCGCGGCGUGGAGGCCGACAUCAAUUUCAGCUUGGAGGAUUACGAGGAUGACCUGAAACAGAUGACCAAUCUGACCAAGGAGGAGUUCGUCCACGUGCUCCGGCGGCAGAGCACGGGGUUCCCCCGGGGAAGCUCAAAGUUCAGGGGCGUGACGCUCCACAAGUGCGGGAGAUGGGAGGCUCGGAUGGGGCAAUUCCUCGGCAAGAAGUACGUCUACUUGGGACUGUUCGACACCGAGGAGGAAGCUGCCAGGGCGUACGACCGGGCUGCCAUCAAGUGCAAUGGCAAGGAUGCGGUGACAAACUUCGAUCCAAGCAUUUACGCCGGGGAGUUCGAGCCGGCGGCAGCGGCCGCGGGUGACGCCGCCGAGCACAACCUGGACCUGUCGCUGGGGAGCUCGGCGGGCUCCAAAAGGGGCAACCUUGACGGCGGCGGCGGCGGGGACGACGAGAGCGCCGGCGGUGGCACGGGCCCUGACCAGCGCGUGCCCAUGGCGUUCGACCUUGACUGGCAAACGGCGGCGGCGCGGAGCACCAAAGCAAAGUUCGACCAGAACUCGAAGCAUCCCCAGAUGCCCCCGGUCCUGCAGGUCUCCCACCUGCCCUUCAGUCCCAGGCACCACCAGUUCGUGAGCAAUGGCGACCCGGGGACAGCGGGAGGCCUGUCUCUGACGAUCGGUGGCGUGGGCGGGCAGUGGCCUCCCCAGCAGCAGCACGGCUGGGGCAACGCCGGCGGCACGAGCUGGCCGCUGCCGCCGCACCCGGCGGCGCCGCCGACCAACGCCGCCGCAACCGCGACAGCAGCUGCAGCAUCAUCACGAUUCCCACCCUACAUUGCAACGCAAGCCUCAACCUGGCUGCAGAAGAAUGGGUUCCAUUCCCUGACCCGACCCACCUAAGGUGAUCAUCAAGAAUUCAGGAUCACCGCAUUCAUCGUCUCAUCAUCGAUCAUGGCAAAUUAAGAUCGAUGGAGGUGUGUGUCACUGACGCAGGGAAAACUCAAAUGCUACUACCAGCCAGAACAGCUGGAUGCUAUUCUUUUGCUCUGUUUUUCUUUCCCCUUUUCCUUUUCCUUUCUUUCUUCUUCUCUGUUUCUUGAUUGGGCGAGCGAGAUGGAUCUGAUCAUGAUCAUGAAUGGGACACACAAGUGGGCAUGUAAAUGAGGAGUUUCCUAGAAGGCGAGAGAGAUUGGCUAAGCGUCGCCUCAAGCAGUGUAUCUUUUGCCGUUUCGCCACUUUCCUUUCUUUUCUUUCACCAUGGCCAACAACAAUGACUUUGGGUGUCAACAUCACAGCUCAUUUUGUUCGGUCUCAUGUUGCAUCAUUCACUGCAUGAUGACCAUGAUUCGGGAAAAUUUGCUCCGUCCACCUCCGCUUGGCCGACAACACUUGCCCUCUAGUAAGCAUCCUUAAACAUCCACGGUUCUACUGUUCUUCGCUUUAUAAAUCCUACGGAGCGCUUAGCUUUAAGCAUCUGUCAUGUACUCUUAUCAUCAUCAACGGAGAUGAUCAGAUUAACAAAUA